GGGACCCAUAAGUGGGAAUUGUUUUCUCCUUCUCUACAUGAGCAAGCAAGACAUAAAAUCAUACGGCGGGCAAACUCUUAGUGCUUCAUGAUUUUGUUGUUGGAAUGAUCGAAGAAUCAGAAAAUUGAACUACUUGUAUUUGUGAUCUUGGAUUCUUAAAUCUAUCAGCCGGUUUCGAUUAUAAUCAUGUUCAAACCCUUCUGGGGUUCUGAAGAACAGGUUCACGCGCAGGCAUAUGGAGAUAGACCUGUAUCCCGCAUUCCACCUGGUGAGGCUGCUGGGAUUGUCGUCGUCUUAAAAGAUAAAAGUGCUAGUGAGUUGCAGAAGCUUUUGUCCAACAAAGAUGCAUAUCAACAAUUUUUACUUUCUCUUGACAUGGUCCAAACUCAGAUUCGUCUGAGAGAUGAACUGCGAGAUGAAACUAUGCAGCUUGCAAAACACAACUUGGAAAAAGAACCACACAUCAGGGAGCUGCGAAACCAGUGCCAAAUAAUACGGGCCACUGAACUGGCUGCUGCAAGAGAGAAGCUCCAUGAGCUCGAAAAGCAGAAACAAGAAAUCCUCAGAUUUUACUCUCCUGCAUCCUUGCUUCAUCGUCUGCAAGAGGCAAUGCAUAACACGGAAGAGGAAUCAGAAGCUCUCCACCAACAGCUUCUCGAUCGAGAAAUUGAUCUGACUGCUUUCGUGCAAAAGUACAAGAGGCUGCGAAAUUCGUACCAUAAACGCGCCCUUACCCGUCUAGCAACCAACAUGUCUUUGGCUGGUUAAGAAGUCAUGUAUGUUUUCAGGAAUUCUCCAAAGGGAUACUUCAUACUUCUUUUCUGUCUGCCAUACUUAUCAGAACUUGCAACUGUUUCAUGAUUUCUGUAUAUAUAUAGCAUAUUACCUUAAGCUAUAUAGCUAUACCAUCUUUGUGCUAUCAAUGGUUAACUUUUUGCAGCU